AAAUAACAAACGACGUAAAUAAUGUCGGGCAACAUACGAGUUGUGGUCCGAUGUAGACCUUUAAAUAGCAGAGAAAUUGCUAGAGGUGCAAAGGGUCUGAUACGAAUGGAAGGAAACCAGACUUUCUUGGAACCGCCACCGCCUGGUACACUGGCGGCUGGUGAGAAAGCUACAGCAAAAAAGACGAUGAACUUUGCUUUCGAUAAGUCCUACUGGUCAGCAGGACCGAAAGAUGAGCCCGGAUACGCUUCACAGCAGACAUUAUAUAAUGAUCUCGGUGACGAACUUCUUCAACACGCUUUUGAAGGUUUCAAUUGCUGUAUUUUCGCCUAUGGUCAGACAGGUUCAGGUAAAUCCUACUCUAUGAUGGGUUACGGAGAAGAUAAAGGUAUCAUACCACUCACUUGUGAAUCACUCUUUAAUCGUAUCGCAUCAAAUCAGAAUCCAAAUCUCGGAUACACCGUUGAAUGUUCUUAUAUGGAAAUUUACAAUGAAAAAGUAAAGGAUUUACUCAACCCAAGGAAUAUGAAUCAUUUGAAAGUUAGAGAACAUCCUCACCUUGGUCCCUAUGUUGAAGAUCUGAGUAAAUUGGCUGUAAAUUCAUAUGAUGAAAUGAUGAAUAUGAUGGAUGAAGGUAACAAAGCGCGUACUGUUGCAGCAACACAAAUGAACGCGACGUCUUCACGAUCUCACGGUGUUUUCACUUUGAUCCUCACUCAAAAACGCUUGGAUGUUGAUACAGGUAUGGAAGGAGAGAAAGUUUCACGUAUAAGUUUGGUCGAUUUGGCUGGAUCUGAACGUGCGAACUCGACAGGAGCAACCGGACAACGACUCAAAGAGGGUGCUAACAUUAACAAGUCUCUCACAACCCUUGGAAAAGUUAUAGCAGCGCUCGCGCAAGCUUCGGGCGCUCCAGAUACUCCAAUAAAAGGGAAGAAGAAAAAAGCUGAAGACUUCGUCCCAUACCGUGAUUCUGUACUUACAUGGUUGCUUAAAGAUAAUCUUGGUGGUAAUUCAAAAACAGCGAUGAUUGCAGCUAUUUCUCCUGCAGAUUAUGAAGAAACUUUAAGUACACUCCGAUAUGCAGAUCAAGCGAAGAAGAUCAAGAACAAAGCUGUUGUUAAUGAAGAUCCAAAUGCUAAACUCAUCCGUGAACUCAAGGAGGAGCUCGAUGCAUUGCGAUUAAGAGCCGCUGGUGCAAGUCAAGAAUCAACUUUCGAUGCAAACGUCCCACCUGAAAAGCAAAUGGUUCAAUAUAAGAGUCACACAGGUGAGAUAAAGAGUGUGUCGAAAGCUGAUUUACAAGAUCAAAUGGAACAAUCUGAGAAAAUUAUGAGUUCACUCAACGAAACUUGGGAAGAAAAGCUUCAAAAGACUCAAGAAAUCCAAGUUGAAAGAGAGAAAGCUCUCGAAGAUCUCGGUAUCACUGUCGAUAAAAAGGGUGUUGGUGUGAGUACACCAAAGAAGAUGCCUCAUCUUGUCAAUCUUAACGAAGAUCCUCUCAUGAGUGAAUGUCUGAUUUAUCAAAUCAAGCCUGGUCAGACGCUAGUCGGUAACAUGGAAUCAGAGAAGGUCCGUGAGAUUAAGCUUUCUGGUCAUACAAUUCUAGACGAGCACUGUAUUUUUGCAAAUGAGGAGGGUAGUGUACAUGUUACACCCCUUCCUGAUGCUAUGGUAAUGGUUAAUGGUAACAAAUUAGAGGUUGGUGUUCCACACAAGCUUUUCUCAGGAUACCGCAUCAUUUUAGGAGAAUACCAUGUUUUUAGAUUCAAUCAUCCAGAAGAUGUCAGAAAAGCACGUGAAACUAGAGCAUCAAAGAUGAAUUUAAGUAUGACAGCAACUGAAUUAGAAGCUUUAUCAAUGCGAGAUGACUCACAUAUAAUAAGACCUGGUUCACCAUCUGAAAGUUUCGCCCAUACUUAUGAUUGGGAAUUAGCCCGUAAAGAAGCAACAGUUAAAUCGGGUGUGAACUUUGAUGAAUAUAAUGAUGAAGAUUUGGACAAAAUCUAUGAAGAUCUUAUAAAAGUUCGUACCGUUCGUAAAGCACGUCCUGAAUCUAGAUUAAGUAUGGUUGAUGGUGAUUCGGAAUGGGAUGAUUCAAACAACGGUAGACUUAUAUCUGGAGAAACCAUCACCGACGAUACCAGUAUUGAUCCUUCGAACGCUAUCGAUUCGGAAGCUAAUAGUAAAAUUGAAGCAAUACCACAACAAGAUGUAGAUAUUAUGAAAGCCCAGAAUGACAAAAUGGCACAGAAGAUUCAAUUAUAUCAGAAGCAAAUGACUAUGAUGGUUCGCAAACAUAGAGAAAUGAAACGACGUGAUUCGAAUGAGAGCUUUGAACCAGCGUUGUUUAGUGAUGAAGAGUUAGUUUUGAUUAAUGUCGUUUUAAACAAAUGGAAAAGGCUAAGAAGAGUGGCCAUGGCUGAAGCUGCACUCACACAUGCAGUUUUAGUUAAAGAGGCCAACGUUAUGAGUAAUGAACUGAAAACCGGAGUUUCGUAUAACCUUACGGUAGAUUCAGGCGGAGCACUCUCGUUCCCACAAUCAGCACUUGAAACUAUCGCUGGACUUGGAGAAUUUGGCGAGGUCUCUAAUAAGUCUUCCGCAUCUACCAAUGCAUAUAGACCUACCAUUGCUGUGAGGGUUAUCGAUAGGAAAAAUAAGAGCAUCUAUUUGUGGUCUCUUGAGAGACUACAACAGCAACUUCAAAGGAUGCGCAAUGUCACCCUUUUUGUUGAUAGGCCUAACGUCAGUCAACAUUUCGCUACACUUGAACCGUUCUAUUCUCAAGAUCCGCCAGAAUACUCGUUCAUUGGAUCUUCGUUAUUAUCACUUUCACCUGUCCUUAGACAGAAAGCAAUAUCAUACCAACUACCAAUAUUCUGCAGAUAUACGACAGAAGCACUUGGAUCGUGCAAAGUUGAACUAAGGAUAGCAUCUGUCAUACCACCAACAACGAACACGAAUGAUACCGUCAGCAAUGGAACGCUUACACCGCGCUCAUCGACGUCAGCUACACUUUCACAAGCGCCUGGUAUGGUUAGCUCGCCAAGUAUCAACCAGCUUUUUGAUUCGCACAUACCACUCGGAUCCAAAGUCAGUCUCUCACUUAUGGUAGAUCACAUACGUGGUCUUACAUAUGAAGAUUUCAAUAGCAUACACCUUCAAGUACGUUUGACAUCAUUUGCAGGACCAAGUGCAGAUGUUGAAGAUGUAUUCUCUUCGCCAGCUGUAGACCUCAGUUCUGGCGACUCAACUGAGUUGAAAUUCCGCAAAACACUUACAUUUACUAUCACUGAGGAUGUUGCUCGUCACUUAAGUAAUGAAUACGCACCAAUUGAAUUCUUCGCUGCGGUCAAACCAUCAUUUAUGAGCAGUCUUGAGAAAUCAGAUAAUGCUCGUGAAGUGAAUAGAUUAACACCUGAAUUAAAAACGCAUAAAAAGACGUUAUCAUCAUCUGGCCGUAAAUCUGAAGUUGAACUACUACAUGAAGAGAAGCAUGAUAUUACGGCUUGGUUACAAAUGCAAGAAUUAGAUGCAAGUGGUGAAUACAAAUCUGUUGAAGUUUCUUCAUAUGGUCCUCUCGAUCCUGGUAGUUUCAAUCUCAGGCAAGGUCUUCAAAGAAGGAUUGUUCUUACUAUGAGCCAUCAGUCCGGUCGUCAAUUACCGUGGAAUAAGGUUACAAAAUUAUACCUAGGCGGUAUAAGACUGCUAGAUCCGAAAGGGCGUAUUCAUGAGAGUUCAUCUAGUGGAGAUAUUGAACUUCCCCUUCCGAAGAAUCAAGAGGUUCGCUAUAAUGCUGAUGGUUCGUCACAACUCUCAGUCACAUGCGGAUGGGAUUCGGGAAGACAUGAUGCAUUAUACCUCAAUAGAGUAACAGGUAGUGGUCAGCGUGUUUUAUUAAGAAUAAAAUGGGAAGUUGAUAUUGAAAACUGUGAAGAAAAUGCCGCAUUCGGUAUGGAUAUUUCUGUCAAUAUCAAUGGUAGAGAUCGCGGAACGUCAAAACUUCUCUCUUUCUUUAGUUCAGCAAAGAUAUUACAGAAAACAAGCUCAUUGUUUACGCUAAAGAUGAGUCCACCACCUUCACGUUCAGCAAAAGCCUUGUGGAGAACAGAUACGAACGGAAGAUACAUCCAUGGUGAAGAAAAGCUGGGUGAUUGGAAAGCAAGAGGUAUUUCCUUGGUUGAAGAUUAUGAUGCUUUGAUGAAGCGAGAAAAGCUUAUCGCGGAUGUUCAAGCAACGAAAGCUGUAAUGAGUGCGAUAGGUAGUUCAAAGGCGAUCAAGAGAACGAAAGCAGAUGAUAGUGACCAACUUGCCAGUAAAGUUGUUGAUACCUGGAAGAGCUCACUUUGUGGACCUAAAUUGGUUUCAGUUAAUGAUCCGAUUGGUUUAGAGAAUGAAGUUGAACCUUUAACACCAUUAGAUUUAGGAUACACACCAACUGUGACAUUACAAGCAAGAACGGAAACAAAGUCAAAGUCAGGAUAUAUGUUUCAUUUAACAAACGCACAUAGUGAUGAAUGGUCCAGAAGGUUUUUCGUUUUGAGAAGACCAUGGCUUUUUAUAUACACCUCUUCUGAUGAAUUGGAUGAAGUUGGUGUCGUUAAUUUAUCUUCAGUUAAAUUGGAAAGGAGUAGAGAAAUUGAAGAUCUUUUACAAAGGAGAAACUUAUUCACUAUAUACUCACAAUCUAACUCAUAUAUUUUACAAUCGGCUAAUGAAAAGGAAUUAGUUGAUUGGUGGCGUAAAAUAAAUCCAUUACAAUUUACAUGAUUCCUUCUUUUUUAUUUUAUAUAACCAGUGUUUUUUCAUGAAUAUAAUUAGAUACCUCGAAUAA